CUUUAUGGGCUGCCUCACCGACGUCAGGCACUGGGCGUCACCGUGAAGAUGGCGGAGGCUGCGGACACAACACAACACCGGUUUUUCUGUCACUGCUGUAAAAGUGAAACAAACCCCAAACUCCCGGAUUUCGUCUGCCCCAGAUGUGACUCUGACUUCAUUGAGGAGGUGACAGAAGACUCCAGUCUUCUGCAGAACAGCACAUCGGUAGCCAGUGAAGAUUCCAACUCGUUCUCAGAGUUAUGGCAGUUGCUGUUCAUGGAGGGCUCUGCUCUGCUGUCACAUCCGCCGUCUUCAGAGUCUGACCCAGAUGACAGCGGGCAGGUAUCUGCAGGUCAGAGCCGGCCUUCCCCAGUGUCGCCGGGCGCCGCUGAGGCCGGGGAACCAGACUCUCCUCCCCAGCCUGAGCAAGAGAGGUCGCCCAGGCCUGAGCAAAGGCCUGCAGUGGAAGGGAUUGUGCAGCAGUUCUUGGCCGGCCUGUUUGCCAACAACGGAAACCCCGGUGCUGCACCAGCUGCACUAACCAGCAUGCUACAGUUGCACUCAAACCCCGGGGAUUAUGCGUGGGGUCAGGGAGGUCUGGACUCUGUCAUCACGGAGUUGUUAGGACAGUUGGAGUGCACAGGUCCACCCCCUGCUGAAAAGGAGAUGAUCUCGUCCCUGCCAACAGUUUGUAUCUCUCAAGAACAGACAGACUGCAGACUGGAGUGUCCAGUUUGUAGGGAGGAGUAUUCAUCAGGUGAAUCUGUCAGGAAGCUACCCUGCCUCCAUUACUUCCACAGUGAAUGUAUAGUGCCUUGGCUGGAGCUGCAUGAUACCUGCCCAGUGUGCCGAAAAAGCCUCGACGGUGUCGACAACAGCCUCCCGCCCACAUCAGAACCCCCAGAAGCUCGCUCCAUCAGGACAGAGCAGCAGGAGAGGCAGGCGAUCUGAGACACGGGCCAAGCAACUCUACCUCACUGUUUCCAAGAGAUGCUUCUCACCACAGACCUUUCCCUCCGCACCCACUGCUUUUAAAUAAAAUACAUUUCAUGCAUCACAGUCAUAACUUGCAGCUUCUACUCUUACUUUAUUCAUCCCUGCUGAGGACGUUUAUGUUCUCUUUCCCAACAUCG